CACACACUUUUUAAGAUGAUCGUGAAUUUCGUGAGAGUGUGUGGAGAAUCUUUCACAUUGGAGCUAAAUCACUUCCACACUUUCAUGGAAGUCAAAAAGAUAAUAGAGAAGUAUCUCAACAUUCCCAUUUCCAAGCAAACUCUAACCUUCAACAACCAACUUCUCGAUGACGCCGACAUCAUCUUAACGACCAGCAUCACUCACUCUUCAACAAUUCACCUCCGAACCACCCCUGACACGGCGAUCAAGAAUCCAGAACCACAAGAAGCACCGGCAGAGGCACCAGCAACACCGCCGAUCAAGAAUCCAGAGCCACAAAGAGCACUGGCAGAGGCACCAGCAACACCGCCGAUCAAGAAUCCAGAGCCACAAAGAGCACCGGCAGAGGCACCAGCAACACCGCCGAUCAAGAAUCCAGAGCCACAAAGAGCACCGGCAGAGGCACCAGCAACACCGCCGAUCAAGAAUCCAGAGCCACAAAGAGCACCGGCAACAGCGUCGCCAGAAUCAGAAUCAAGAACAUUGUUGAGUGUGACGGUGGUUCCUAGGGCUACUAGAGGGGAAGGUAAUUUCAUCGUUAGCGAAAUAGAACCACUUGCGCUAGUAAGUGAUUUAAAGAUAUUUCUGGAAAGUAACAAGAAGAAUGUUCUUCCGCAAGACGGUGAUUAUUUUUUCAUUCACAACCGUGAUGUUAUGUAUGAAGAUAGGUCGUUUGAGUGGCACGCGGUAAAAGACGGCGACAUGAUUGGAAUCUUUGAUGGAGUUGUUGAUGACAAUUGCUUAGGUGAUAGACAAGUACGUAGAAAAACGUUGUGAUAUUUUUAGAAUUACUAGAAAAUAUACUUCUCAAGGUUAUUUUUUUCAAUUCAAUAGUUGUUUUUCAGUUAAAUUACAUCUUUAUAAUUGCUUUGUGUAAUAUGCUUUUUGCAUAAUACGAAUUACCUGUAUUAUAAUGUUUCCCAUGAUGGAAAGUGCCCUGAGAUAUCUAAGUCCAGUGGCUUUCAA